AUGAGGAACCGAUAUUUUCUCCUUGAUGAAACGAUUUCAGCCAAGGAGAUCAAUCGGAUGCUGUGCCGGGUGGUGGUGGAUAAACUGCUUCCACUCCAUCACUUUGCUCCCUCAGAGCCACUGUUCACUGAAGAACCAAGCCACCACACAAACGAUAUCAUUCCUAAUAUUCUCCCCGAGCCUUAUAUCUCCACGUCCAGGCAGGACUUCGUCACAAAUGUGCAACGCUCCGAUAUUGCGUCAACCUUAACUACCUACCUUGGGUUAAAUCUCUCUCAUGUGGAUCAGCGAAGUGUCUCUCUACAGAGCGAGUCGGUCAAACGAUAUACGCUAGCAAAUCCAGCGCAGUAUUUUGACCGCUUGAUUUCUGAUGAGCUUUAUGCUCGGGAUGUCGCCAACCUCUUGCAGAAGGCCAGAGGAAAGGGUUUCCUCGUCGUUGGGUUUCUCACAGUCACUGGGGCCGUGUGGAAGCGCACGAAGGCUCAGAAGCACUCUACUGGGGCCAGAGUUAGCAUCCCUAUUGGCGAUAUCACAGGUAUACCUGGAAUAGGAACUCAAGCUGGAUUGGACGUUGGAUUGAGUAUUGGAAAUGAACAUGGAACUCGCGCCCAGUGCACAAUGCAUGUAGCGGGAGAGGAGAUUUUCGCGAUUGCUUACUGCGAGGUCAAGUUGAAACGGGAGUUCAGUAGGAAUGCUCCGCAUUUGAUAAAGAAGACGCUAGCUUUUGGGCAGGCUAAGCGAACCAAAGGUCAUCAUCUAACUUUCGGAGACGAUGAAAGUGAAGUAGAGCCAAACUCUGACGAGGAAGAUGUCAUAGGGAAGGGGUGUGUUCUUCUUGUUGAUGAGGACGACGAGGAUCCAACCACUACUCAAAUGUACGAGGCGGGAGAGUUUCAGCUAAAUUAG